UGCGCGCACCCCUUUGGAGUUCUGCCAUCAAUACAUCGAGUUGAGAGAGCAGAGGAUAUUUUAUUUAUAAAUCCUCACGCACAAGCACAGCACAAUUUUUGAGUUUUUAGAGAAGAAGUUUUUCCUCGCCCAGACGCUUCUCGAUUGCGGUUUGUCGCGAGAUUCUGCUGCUUCCUAUAAUAUAUGGUGUGAGAUUUAUAUUCUACUUGAGAGAUAUUAUGCUUUAUUGAUUGGCGCACUCUCGACUAUUGUCAAACCGCGGCACGCCAAGAAGAUUAUUCCGUCAGCUGCAGUUAACUCAAAAUGACGUCGAACACAAUUUUGAGCCGAUGCAUUUUGCUCCUCGUCCUCGGUUUCGGAUUUUCCUCAAACGCCGAAUAUGUGCACAUGACCGAGGUAUUCGUCCUGCCAAUCGAGCCCUCCAUGUUCAACUGGACCCUUCACGGAGCGAAAAUUCGCGAUCAGUACGAAUAUCGUCCAACGCAGAUCAACUCUCCAGACCUGCCGACUUGGAUAAACUUUGUCUACAGCUCCAGACACCAACAGGGCUUUUUGUUCGGCGUCCCUCCUCAAUGGCCAGACGCAAAACAAAUCGAGAUCGAGAUUGUUGCUCUGAACAAAGAAACUUACGAAACUAGAAGAAGAGUGGUGCCGCUUUUCGUCAAACAGAAACAAUCUCCUGCUCAAUACGAAGUGCAGCUGAAAAUUCACAAUUUAAACGUCGAAGACCUUUUCGAGGCUCACAGGCAGAAUCGAUUGCUGGACAUCUUCAAGCAAAAACUGUGGACCGCAAGUGCAGAUGAUUUGCAUAUCACUAUGUUGGCGUCUGCGGUUCAACUCGGGGCGAGACUGCCCUUAAGACCUACCGAAGGCGAGGGGGUCGUUCUCAAGUUGGGAAGCGCAAAGGAGUUCUCCGCGGCCCUGAGAGAACUUCAAAAGGAGGUGAAACCGCUGUGGAAAAUGAGCUCGUGCCCGCGAGACUACAAAAGAACGAGUGUCGAGAGGAUUUUCCGAGAUCAGAGAUUUGCGCUCGACUGGUGUUCAUUCAAACUGCAAGAAAAUUUGGUGACGAAAAUUUACACCCCCGCGUCAGACGACGAGUACAGCGAUUACACAAACGCGUUUGUUGAUGAGAAUGAUGUGUGGGACGCUCCACCGUCGAGGGAAAACGUCCCAACCAGAAGCUACACAUUUGAAUUUGUCGUGACCAUCAUUGUGCCCAUGGUGGUCCUCAUUUUGCUUGUCAUUCUCAUCUCAUUCAUCCUCUGCUUCCACCACGAGGGAAUGGCUGACGAUGGCUCAGAGGAAUUUUUCAACUCAAUAUUUAGCAUUUGUGAAGAUUACUGGAGAAGUAAGCGCAACGAAGAGGGCUGUGAGAGGGUGCAGAUGCUGCAGUACACCCCUGUGCACCACCAAAACGAGCAACCCCUCCAAAGCACCCUGCGACGCGUUCCCAGCCCCACCCCCGAACAACCUUUUGCCCAAAGGUCGAUGACCACAAGUCCGGCCAGUUCUUUACAGAGAAGCACAAGCCCAAGAAUGCUCGACGAGGACGCACAAUACACUCGACCAAACCCACCCCCGUACGUUGGAAUUUACAACAAUAAUAACCACAGCUCAGAAUACGCGCAGUCCGAUUUCUGACCAACGGCCGAGCCCGGAAAGCUUUGGUAUUGCUGAACAAGGAAAAGGAAAUUGGGCCGGACAAGAAAAUCUGCAGAGAUUUAAUACGAGAUAAAAAAAACCUAGUCAUUUCAAAAUUAACAAAACUGCGUUAGGCCGUAUAGAGCAAUAACAGUGAUUAACUUGUUGAUUUUGUCAGUUAGAUCUUUAAAAAAUAAUUCAGAUCAUCGCCUUUUCAGAGCUUCAAUGUGAUGUAUCUCAUAAUUAAUUAAUUAAUCAAGUGAAAAUUGCUAAAUGUUGCCAUAUCAGUGUUAAUAACCAUGUAUAUUAAUCAAGACAAGUACUUAACCACAAAUACUCAAAAGCAUUUUAAUCAGGUAACAACCGUUCAUUUAUUCAACUGAAUGUGAACAUUAUCCAACCAAUAAAUAAGAUGGUAAAAGUAUUAUCAGCUGUUAUC